AGCCCACACUAUCUCCCAAACUCGCCUCAUCAUUUACACGCCUUUUCCCGGGUUCUCCGAGACGACUUCCGAUUCCGCGGGCGGUUUUCCGGCGAGUCCGCACUCCGACCCGACCCGGUACCGACCCCAACGCUGUCAGCUCCACCGUCUCCUCGCAUAGAUCGGAUCGGAUCACUCAACCAGUCUUCCGAUUCGUUCUCUGAAUCUUGCUAUAUAUCUCAGUGCUGAAAUUCAUCAGUUGAGAUGGUUUUGAUCUAAUUUCCACUCAAUCUGAGCUUAGAGUUAACAUCCUUGAUCUGUUGCGAAAGCAGUUGCAGUGAAUACAACAGGAGGAAGAUGACGUCGGGGAGUAGGCUGCCGACGUGGAAGGAGAGGGAGAACAACAAGAAGAGGGAGAGGAGGCGGAGGGCAAUAGCGGCGAAGAUCUUCGCCGGGCUGAGAAUGUACGGAAACUUCAAGCUCCCAAAGCACUGCGACAACAACGAGGUCCUCAAGGCGCUCUGCAACGAGGCCGGCUGGACCGUCGAACCGGACGGCACCACGUAUCGUAAGGGAUGCAAGCCCAUUGAACGAAUGGAUGUGAUCGGUGGAUCUGCUGCAGCAAGCCCGUGCUCAUCUUACCAACCAAGUCCCUGUGCUUCAUACAACCCAAGUCCAGGCUCCUCUUCCUUCCCGAGCCCAGCUUCCUCUUAUGCUGCUAAUCUGAAUUCUGAUGGCAGUUCCCUCAUCCCGUGGCUCAAAAAUCUCUCAUCCGGGUCAUCAUCAGCCUCCUCUUCCAAGUACCCUCAUCUCUAUAGCCAUGGUGGUUCAAUUAGUGCUCCUGUCACCCCUCCAUUGAGCUCCCCAACUGCUCGCACACCCCGAUUCAAAACCGAUUGGGAUGACCAGUCUGCCCGUCCGGGCUGGGCUGGGCAGCACUAUCCCUUCCUUCCAUCUUCUACUCCACCAAGCCCUGGACGCCAAAUUGUUCCUGAUCCAGAAUGGUUUGCUGGUAUUCGAAUCCCGCAGGGUGGGCCAACUUCUCCAACAUUCACUCUCGUCUCUUCAAACCCAUUUGGCUUCAAGGAAGAGGCUUUAGCUGGUGGUGGAUCUCGCAUGUGGACUCCUGGACAAAGUGGGACAUGCUCUCCUGCCAUUGCAGCAGGCUCUGAUCACACUGCUGACAUUCCUAUGUCUGAAGCAGUAUCGGAUGAGUUUGCAUUUGGAAGCAACACAGCAGGACUAGUGAAGCCAUGGGAAGGAGAAAGGAUUCAUGAAGAGUGCGGAUCAGAUGAUCUAGAGCUCACUCUGGGGAGCUCGAGGACCAGGUAAAUGAUUGCACAAGUGCAAGAAUCAAUGGUACCUUUGUAUAAACUCUGAGCUGUUUAAGAAAAAGAGUAACAAAACGAGAUCGAGAUCGAGAUGAACACAACCAGUAGGUCUAUUUAUUUCAUAUUUUCUUUUAUUUUUUCAGAUUUUAUUUGUCUGUAAGUUAUAUAUAGUUAGUUCUUGAAGGUGUGGGGUGUUUUUACAACCCGUUUCUCUGUUUAAACUAAUUUCAUUGAAAGGACUGAUAUACGUGUAUGCAUGAGCUACCAUUUACUUGA